AUGGCAGCUGGCCUUAUUAGUAAUCAAUCGCCUUCCUGUGUGAGAUGCGAGAAAUCAAUCGCAUCUAGUCAAGUAUACGAAUUAGAAAACAAAAGAUGGCAUGACCGGUGCUUUAAGUGCUAUAAAUGCGAUAAACAGCUGAAAGCAGACUCAGACUUUUUGGUUUUGGAUACUGGAACCCUAAUAUGCUACGACUGUUCAGACAAGUGUACAAGUUGUGGAGAUAAAAUAGAUGACACGGCGAUUAUAUUGCCAUCCUCUAACGAGGCCUACUGUUCCAAUUGCUUCAGGUGUUGCAAGUGCAGCAAGCGUAUAAAGAACUUGAAAUACGCGAAGACAAAACGAGGAUUAUGUUGCAUGGAUUGCCACGAAAAAUUGUUGAGGAAGAAAAAGCAAUUGUUAGAAAAACAAACAAAGGAUUCACCAAGAUAUAUUUCUCCAAUGGAGCUUCCCCGAAGAUCAGCUAACAGACCUCUAUCGCCAAGCAGAAUGAACGGUAAGUCGUCUGCCAGUUCAGAUGGCGUUGAGAUAGACGAUGACACUGCAUGCUCGAGUGAGGGACAACAACAUGCUCCGCAAGUUUUAGUCUCACAGGAAACGGAUGAUUUUUCCUUGGAUAAUGAUAAUGAUAAUGAUAACGACAAUAGUAAUGAACGGAAGCAAAAAUCUUCUCACGCAAGAACGAUUUCGAUUGAUGACAUACUGAAUUCGACUUUGGAACACGAUAGUAAUAGUAUUGAAGAACAAAGCUUGGUGGAUAAUGAAGAGUACAUCAACAGAAUUGGUGGGGAUGUGAACUAUAGGCUGUUACAGCCUCAGAAAGUUAAUCAGGAUUCUAAAGUGACGAGUGACCCUAAAUCUCCAACUUCACAUUCCAACGCAAAUAGAUUCUUUUCGAUUUAUGAUAAAGAAGAAGGUGACAGAGAUAAUACCGAUGGCAAAGAAAAUACUUGUUCAGUUGAUACGCCCAGAAAUAGUACUGAAAAAAUUACGAGUCCUUUAAAUAGUCCCAUGGCUGUACAAAUGAAUGAAGGAGUUGACCGACCUCAUGGACUAGCAUUAAAUUUACCAGAUACUCCCAAAGAAAGUAACAGACCAGCUCAAAGUACGCAAAUGUCAACUUCCAAAUCCAUGAGCCAAGUUUCUUCGCUUACAAGGUCGGAUACCCUAGAUAUGAGGUCACCUACAUCUUCAUCAACGUUACGUGUGUCUGAUAACGGGAAUCCCAGAAGGCCUCAAACAUCAGAUAACUUAACUUCACAUAACAAAAUAGCACUAUCCCCGAAUAAGAAGCUUUCAAGGUCGUUUUCAUUGAAGUCCAAGAAUUUUGUUCACAGUCUGAAAAGUAAAACUCAUCAUACCGUUCCUACACAGGAAUCGGACACACAUUCCGGCUGGGGUGUCUCCUCUACUCAUACUAGCAUACGAAAAUCGAAAACUAAGAAAGACCCCACAUCGAGAGGCCGGAGCGACAGUACGAUAUAUAAUACUCCACCACAAAAUGAGAACUUUAGUGUAUCGGAACCCAACCACAAAAAGGCACAAAGUAGCCUUGGAAAUAUACCAAAAAAGCAAAAUUCUAACGAUUUAGCCACUAGCAGACGUAUAAAUGGUUCCUAUCCAAGCUCAAGUUCGGGGCAACAUAUCGCGAUGUUCCGUACGCCACCUUUGGAAUCAGGCGCCUUGUUUAAGCGGCCAUCAAUAUCAUCUGAAUCCGCGCACCAUAAGUCAUCAAGUUUACAGACAUCUAGAUCUACUAAUGCAUUGUCGGAGGAUGUUUCCACGACGGUGGAUACAACUGAUGAAAAUGCCACAAGUUUGGAAAGGGAUUUUUACUUGACUGAAUUAGCUUUAAGAAAAUUGAAAUUAGAUGUGAGGGAACUGGAAGGUACGAAAAAGAAAUUACUUCAAGAGGUGGAGAAUCUAAGAUCAAUGAAAGAAAGCCUGUCAAAUGAUGUUGAGUAUUUAACCAGAGAAAAAGAUAAGCGAUCAUUAUCGUCACGGGAGUCCUUAGAACCAAAAGAGCAUAAUGCAACAUCGAUUCACAUGAAAUCACCAAGCGCCAACGUAGAUAGAAAAGGGAGCAUAUCUAAUGCCAGUCCCAAACCGCGGUUCUGGAAGAUAUUUUCCAGUGGUGGCAAAGACCAUCAACCAGUCGACCCAGAGUCGCAGCAACACUCUCCAAAUUCAUCUUCAACUGGAAUGACAAAUAUAGCACAGAAAGAAAUAUCAACGCCUAAGUUAAUUCGGGCGCAUGAUGAAUUGCCAUCGCCGGGCAAAAGAUCGCCAUCGCCAAGUCCGAAGAAGUUGAAUAUGGUAAGCGAUGGCUCACAUUUAUAUGGAUCAACAUUAUCAGCUCGAUGUGCAUUUGAAAAAAGCCCCGUUCCAAUGAUAGUUAAGUGUUGUAUUGAUUAUAUUGAAGCAGAUGAUGUUGGACUGAGAAUGGAAGGCUUAUACAGAAAAUCAGGGUCCCAAACUCUAAUCGAAGAGAUUGAAAAGGAAUUUGCCCAAACUAAUCUAUUGCAUAAUGAUAGAGUGGGCCCCAAAUUAAAUGAUCUAUUGAAUGAAGAUAUUCAUGCGGUGGCUAGUGUACUUAAGCGAUAUUUGAGAAAAUUGCCAAAUCCCAUUUUAUCCUUUACCAUAUAUGACACUCUGAUAGAUUUGGUAAGAAGUAAUCAACUGCUUGAAAGAUUAUCAUUAAACAACGGCGAUUUUUCGCAAUCCCCCGAGAGAUUGUCGCUGUGUGAAAUCAUUCUCAAGAACCUGAGCAAAAUUUUGAAAAGUUUACCCCUAGAGCACCAAGAGGCGCUCAAAGUAUUGGCAACCCACAUUAACAAGGUGCAAGGGUACAGCGAUAGGAAUCUAAUGAACUUACAUAAUUUGUCACUGGUUUUUGCGCCAAGUCUAAUCCAUGAUCUCAACGGUGAAAAGGAUAUCACGGAUAUGAAGGAAAGAAACUACAUUGUGGAAUUUAUAUUAGGAAACUAUAGAGACAUAUUUAAAUCGGUAUGA